AUGGCUUCGUUCAAUGGAAAGGUAGUGUUGCCCAUGCUGCUUUUGUGGUUCACAGUAACCAUGUGUGCUGUAGGGCAGCUUGCUCCUCCAAAGAUGAGACAUAUUAAAAUCACAAAUGAGUUGGGUGGAGACUUGGCCCUUACCUUUCACUGCAAAUCCCCGAAGAGAGAUUAUGGUGUUCAAGUACUUGGCCCUCAUGCCUCCUCACAGUUCAGUUUUAAGCCAAACAUCUGGGUGGUGGACACGGAGGUUUCCUGCAAUUUUCAAUGGCCAAAUGAAUCUCACGAUUUUGUUGUCUUCAGACUCCAGAGAGACGUUGAGCAAUGUAUUGAUUGUUUCUAUAAUAUUUUACCAAACGUGGUAUGCAGGUUCGACGAUGAUACCGGCGCUUAUGACGAUUGCCUUCCCUAUUAUAACUAA